GCUUUGGCUCCUCCUCCUGCGCUGUUCGUGAUCCCCUACGGCUGUGGGAGGCCUCGCGCUUCCCCUUCCGAGCGGCGCGGGGCGGAGCGGGAUGAUCUGGACGCUGGGCCGCUGGCGGGCUCGGCCACCCCCGCGCCUGCCUAAGCCCCGGAGGGGGCUCGCACGACGGCGGGACCCGGAGGGUGCGGCGGGCGCGGAUCUGGAGAGCGGGGGGCCCAUUCCCUUCUCCGGCAGCAAGGCCAGUCCGCGGGUGUGGAGCGUCAGCCGGUCCAUGGGGAGCGACCACGAGAGGCCAUGGCUGAAGGUGUUGCCUUUCAGUGUGCUGUGCACGGGGAUGUUGCUCUGGUGUGUGUUCAGGGAAAAAACGGAGAUCGAUGAGCGGUUGGAAGCGGUUUUCUCCGGCCAGAUCGUGGACUCUUUAGAUAUGGCCCAAGAAAGCAGUGCUCCCGUGGAGCUGCCGAAGGAGAAAUGAGGACGGGAGUGCGGCUACAGCGAAGGAGUUGCCAAAAGUUUGCUGGCAUUCACCUGGUUAAAAACUGUACCGACUCAUUAAUGGAAAAAAACUUGGUUUUUUUAGUCUUUCGGCAGCCUUAUCUUGUAAGCUUGGUUUCUUCACGCUGCUUUCUGUGCUGGUCUUACCUUAGACUUUGGUAGCAAAAGGCGAAGUUUCUUUCUGGGUUGCACGGUAGGGAUGAACAAGACAUACUGCAAUGCAACUUGAAUUUUAAUAUAAGUUUUAUAUAAUCCAUCACUUUUCCAUGGAUCAUUUUUCUUAGAUGCUCGGUGUAUUAAAAAAUAUCAAAUCUCAAUGUCUUUAAAAUCGCUGCUGAAGGUGACCUUCCUUUGACAUUUUGGUAGUCAAAGAAUACGUUCAGUUUAUAUUGCAGACCAGCUGUAAAUGUAGUCAUUAAUAUGCGAUUGUGUUCUGUUUGUUUUUUGUUUUUUUUUUUUUUAAAUUCGGCUAAAUAACGUGCAUCUAGUCCUAUGCUUUUGGGACUAGAACUUUUUAGGCAUGGCUGAUUCAGGUGAUCAUUACUGGUAGGAGAGCAUUUUGCAGAGAAUCAAAAUGAUUGGUUGCAUUAUGUUGGGGAGGAAACCCCUGGUUUCCUUGAACCAUAUAAUGCCUAGGCUUUUUAUGCAGAUUUAUAGAUGCACACUCUGGAGACUUUUCUUGGAGAGGAGAAAUGUGAGAUACUAAUACAACUUUGUUCCCUUCAGAAUUAGAGGCAAUUUUUUUAAGCUUUCAAAUGUAAAAAUGGAAGAUUGGUUUUAUGCCAUUAAAAUCUGUAAUUAAAAACCAAAACCCCCUCAAAGAUGGCAGCAGCUUGUUAAGAUAGGCUGGAGCGGUGCAGAAAACUGGUGUAGGAUCAUGUUUGUCUGAUACUGCUAAUGAGUCUCUGAACAAUACACACUAUCGUGGCAUUUGAUUUUGCCAUAGAGUCCCUCAGUUUAACCACACCAUGCCUAGUAAUUGAAUACACUUGAUUUGGUACUGUCACAAGGUUUAGUCUUGGUAUUCAGCCUAUACUACGGUAGAAUGUUCCAAGUGAGGUUAUAAGCAUUGGGGGUGUUCUGCUGAAUAGAAGAGUGAUCCUGGAUUGCUUUUAUAUUGAAACUAAGGUGUAACGCUUGUUGCUCUUGACUAGUUUUCUUACUCCAAGUUCUAUGAGAACAAUGAACCCGGCAACGUGCUGCUCUGUUUAAGGAAAUACAGAGCUGCCCCUUCGUAUGUGCCUUGUUUUGGGUCAUGAUAAGCGUUUAAUAAUAAAACUAUUCUCAUAGUC